AUGGAUCUACUUGGCAAGAUCAUGAAGGGAGCACAGCUGAACCUGCCAGAAGUGUUCAAGGCCGAAGCUCAGCAAGAUGUCCCGUCAUCUACACCAAAGAGCGAACAUGCAUCGUUGACGUCUAAACCAAGUACCGAAUCAUGGUCGGAGACAACUGGACUCAUACGCCAGGCGAUCGCAGAUGUUGCGGUGGUUGACAUCGAGAACCUAGCACUGCAUCAGCCUACCAUCUUCGAGCUAGGGCUGGACAGUAUCGACGCAAUGAAAAUAGCAACGCGACUCAAGCACGUUGGCAUCAAAGUCAACGUCAGUGCGAUCAUGCGGACGCCGACCAUAGCAGGCAUUGCCGCCACUGUCCAAGACAGUGAAGGAACCGAGGAGCCCGAAUCCAGCAUGCUCAGCACGACAAAGCAAGCUACUUUCCGCGACGUUGUUGCCGCCCAUGGGAUCGAUGCGAGCGAUGUGGAGGUCGUCCUACCUCUCACCAGCAUGCAACAGGGGCUUUUGCUCGACUUUGAGAAGUACUACAACAUCACAGUCUUCAAGAUGUCAGCAGACCUUAAUCUCGGCACAUUGAGCGAAGCCUGGAAUUGUAUCGCUGCAGAAUUACCAGUCCUGCGAACCGAAUUUCUUGCUGUCGAGAAUGGCAACCGCGACGAACCAUUCCUACAAACAGUGCAUCGCAAGCCUACCGCUGUCAUUCGGUCCGAAUUUGAAGCUGAAGUUGACCAAAUCGUAGCCAGCACGAGACGCGAGGCCAGCAACCGCGGCGUUCGCACCCCUGUGGUGCAAGUGGCACUGGUUGGGAAGGACGAUCACAAGAGAAUGGUGGUAGGACUGCCCCAUGCCGCGUACGAUGGAUGGUCUAUUCAACUUGUCUACCAGAGUCUGAUGAGAUCUUACGAGAAUCUACUCAAAGGCAAUUCCCGCGCGGAUAUCUCUGAAACCACAGCUUCAUACAAGCAGCAUGUGUCGGCUGUGCUGUCGUACGCCCGAAGUGAGAAAGCGAAGCAGUUCUGGGAUCGAGCUGUCCUAGAUACUCGCCAGACUCUAUUCCCGAAAGCCGCCAGCGAACAGCAGAAGCCUGCACAGACGAGUCAUCGGUCUUCCGGAGUGUCUCUGUCAGAGGUGUACAAGUUCUGCAAAGCCAGCGGGACUACUCUACAGUCUCUCGGCUUAGCUGCUUGGUCAUUGACUCUCGCGAAGAGACUUCAGAGUUCACGUGUGUGCUUUGGCCUCGUUCUUUCCGGUCGCACAAGUCAAGGUUCCGAAGACUUGAUUUAUCCAACCUUUAACACAGUCAUCUUCAGCAUUGGCAUCGAUCCGAGCAGCACAGGCCGGGCGAUCAUCCGGCGAGUCCAUCAGACUGCAAUGGACGUGUCGGAUCACCAACACUACCCGCUGAAAGACUCCUUGAAGACCGCCCGCGAGAGUCUAGGCUGUACCGAACUGUUCAAUACGUUGUUCACUUACCAGAAGACACCAGGGGCGGAAUCUUCGGACGAGCCUCUGUUGGAGGUUGUCGAACUUGGUGAUCAGCCAAAGGAACCACCAUAUGCUGUCAACAUUGAGCUGGAAGCAAAGCAUGGUCAGCUGCUCUGGACUCUAGCGAGCCAGUCAGGCGUGUUCAGUACCAAUGAAGCUGAGGAAUGCAUGCAGCACUUGGACGAGGUCCUACACCGAUUGGUAGAGCGCCCAGAAGAGCCUGUGCACGGCAGAGAUGACCUGCCGUUCGACCUUCGAGCAGAGCGUGCAGAAGUACCUUCUGCUCAAGAUACAGAAAGCCAAACAGACUUCUCGACGCCUUCCCACAAUCUCACGCAGAUCGAAUUGAGUGUCAGAGGCGUACUCGCAGAGGUCUCCAGAAGUGAUACGUCGGCUAUUGGGAAGAAUACCAACCUCUUCAAUCUGGGUCUCGACAGCAUUAGUGCAAUCAAGCUUGCGUCGCUGUUGAAGAAGCGAGGUCUGAAGCUUCCCAUCAGCAGGAUACUCGAAGGACAGACUGUCGAGGGGAUUGCCGCAGCAAUAGAAGCAGUCCGACAGAAUGAUGCCAUGCCCGGACCUGCGACUGCGGACACUUCGCAACACGACCCCGUCGAGCAGUACCUACCACACCUCGAGCGGUGUGGUUUGAAGAGGGAAGAUAUCGAGAAUGUGCUUCCGACCACGGCUGGACAGCAGUACAUGCUCGAUGUCUGGCAGAAAUCUCAUGGCAGGCUAUUCUGUCCUUCCUUCUGGUUCGAGGUGGGUAGCAGCGUCAGGGAAGGUGGCAUCAGCCAUGCAUUUGAGACACUGAUGGAAGCAACUCCCGCUUUGCGCACAAGUUUCGCUAUUCGCUCAGGCACCCAAAGCAUUGACGAGAUCGUUCAAGUUGUUCUCACCUCAAAAUUCGCCCAAGCGAACCGCGACUCGUUGCCUUGGAGAUACCAGAUCCUACACAACGCGUCAACAGGAAGAAGACUCGUCACUCUGACAAUCCACCAUGCGCUCUACGAUGCCGUCAGCAUGCACAUUGUCGCCAACCAGCUCAACCGACUGUGCGCCGGCCUGACUGUGGCGCCGCAGAAUAGCGAGCUUGCAUCGUUCGUCAGGGCCACAAGGGUGCUGAACAAGGAAGUCAAGGCCCGCCAACGCAAGUUCUGGACUGCAUACCUGGAUUCUCAAGCACUAAUCCUGCCAAGUCCCGUUCAAUUCCAGAAUGCUCAGCGACCACGCAUGAAGCAGUUCGAACCAGGUCUCACGCCGACACAGACUCUCAAGAAUCGCCUACGAGCGAAUGGAGUAAGCCUCCAGGCGCUCUUCUUCGCGAUUGUUGGACAGGUAUACCAUGCCGAUAUGCACAAGAACCAGCAACUCGACGCCCCGGCGACAAAUGCAGCUGGGUCAACGGCAGGCAAGGCGGUCGUGAUUGGCAUCUACCUCUCGCUUCGCAACCUCGACAUUCCAGAUCUUACAACUUUGGCCGCGCCAACCGUCAACAUUGUGCCGCUCCGCAUACCGAUCAUCGACAGUGGCUCUGGCAGUGAUGCUGGGCCGAACAAGAUCUGGGAUGUAGCAUGUCAGGUUCAGCAAGAUUUGGCGCUCAUCAGCAAGGCAGAGCACUGUGGUGUGAGCUUGCAAGAAAUCUGGGAGUGGACUGACGAGAAAGUACGACUGGGUUGUGUGGUGAAUUUCCUGGCCGACAUGGAGCACGAUGAUGUCGAAAAAGGUGGCGAUGGCAGAUCGGCCGAAGAAGUGGUAAAGCACGCUUCUCGAGACUUCAUCGAGAGCUUCGACAGUGCCGAUCGCGAUGUUACGAACCACGUUGCACCGCCGCCGUCACCGUUCAUCGACAGAGGAGGUUCUAAGUUAACAGAUAUGCCCUGGUGCGUACCCUCGAUUGACAUAGAAGCCAAGGUGGUAAGAGAGGAAGGCUCAGAUCGAGACGAGGAAUUGGGUGUUGGCAUCUUCGGGCAGGAAGAUGUUCUGCAAGGUGAAAAAGGGGUGAAGUGGUGGCUUGGGGAGAUCAAGCGGUCGCUGUUGGAGCCAGUAGGGGUGGACUGA